CUGUAUAUUUCUUCUGUUUCUCGCUAUCGCUCGAUAUAUAUUUCUCAACAGAGCGAGAGAGACGAAGAAGAAGGGGAGAAGGGCGGUGGUAAAUCUGGCAAACAUUGGGGCUCUGAGGGCUCGGAAGCACGGGAGCGGGAUCGAAGGCGGGGACGACGAGGAUUGCAGGCCCUGGCGCCGCAGGCUCUCAUCCAUGGCCGUCUCCUCCUCCUCCUUCUUCCGCCUCUCCCUCCUCCUCCUCCUCCUCGCCGCCAUUGUCACCGCCUGCAUCACCCUCCCCGUUGAGAAGAUUCUGAAGGACUUUCUGAUUUGGAUUAAACAAAAUCUCGGACCAUGGGGACCUCUAGUACUGGCUAUUGCUUAUAUUCCAUUGACAAUUUUGGCAGUUCCAGCAUCAAUACUUACACUUGGAGGUGGAUAUCUCUUUGGGUUGCCUGUUGGUUUUGUUGCAGACUCUAUUGGAGCUACAAUUGGUGCAACCGCUGCAUUCCUCCUUGGAAGAACAAUCGGAAAGCCUUAUGUUAUUUCCAAGCUGAAGGAUUAUCCAAAAUUUCAGGCAGUUGCUAUUGCCAUCCAGAGAUCUGGUUUUAAGAUAGUCUUGCUGCUUCGACUUGUGCCUUUGCUCCCCUUCAACAUGUUGAAUUACCUACUUUCUGUCACACCUGUUGGUAUUGUUGAAUACAUGUUGGCUUCCUGGCUUGGGAUGAUGCCUAUUACUUUUGCUCUAGUGUAUGUUGGAACAACUUUAAAGGAUAUAGCUGACGUGACACAUGGUUGGAGUGAGGUUUCAACUUCUCGUUGGUUGUUCAUCAUUUUGGGCUUCUUGAUAUCUGCUAUACUAAUGGUAUGCGUUACCAAAGUAGCAAAAAGAUCAUUGGAGAAGGCAUUGGCAGAGAAUCCAGAGGUGGAGAACAUCCUCGUCUCGUCGGCCCGGUUGCCCAUUACAUCAGUGCCAACAUCAGAUAUAAACCAACCAUUGAUUAUCAAGGUCGAUUCGAGUAAUAGUCACGAGAAUUAACACGAUUCUUUUUCAUGUAAAUUCUGCUUCCUUCUUACAAUUGCAUGAUUGAGAGUAUCACAUGUAUAGUAGUUA